CUUCCUUUUUCCUAAUGCACUAUUCUAAAUGCAAGCUGCAGGAUGGCCUUUUGGAGUUUUCCCCCUUCUUCUCAUCUCCUUGGCCUCCUGUUUCUCUUCCUAUUUGCAAACCAAAUCUCCUUGACCACCACUACAACUACAACUACCACCACCAUGAUCACCACUGGCGUCCGCGUUGGCGUCAUCUCGAAACCAACCUUCCUGCAUGUUCCCGUCUUUCGAGAGGCACCCGCUUUUCGCAACGGGAGGGACUGCGGUUCAUCGGCCAUCGACCGUAUUCAUGUGUCCAUGACCCUUGAUGCUAAUUACUUGAGAGGUACCAUGGCUGCAGUGUUUUCCAUCCUACAACACUCAACAUGCCCAGAAGAUGUCAUGUUUCACUUUUUAUGUGUAAGACAUGAACCUGUGGUAUUUUCUAGCAUUAAAUCCACUUUCCCUUACCUCAACUUCAAGCUCUACAAAUUUGAUGCCCACAGGGUCCGUGGCCUAAUUUCAAAAUCAAUUCGUCAAGCCUUAGACCAACCAUUAAAUUAUGCGAGAAUUUAUCUGGCUGAUCUUAUUCCGAUGGAUGUGAAACGCAUAAUUUAUCUUGAUUCUGACAUAGUUAUCGUUGAUGACAUCGUGAAAUUAUGGCAAGUUGAUCUUGGUGACAAGGUACUAGCCGCGCCCGAAUAUUGUCAAGCGAAUUUCACGACUUAUUUCACCGAUUUAUUUUGGGAUGACCCAGAAUUUUCGUGUACGUUUGAAGGGCGAAAACCGUGCUACUUCAACACGGGAGUUAUGGUGAUGGACGUUGAUAAAUGGAGGCAUGGAAAUUAUACGCAGAAAGUCGAGGAUUGGAUGGUUAUUCAAAAGCAAAAAAGAAUAUAUCACUUAGGUUCUUUGCCACCUUAUUUGCUAACCCUAGCUGGAAAUAUUAUGCCUAUUGAUCAUAGAUGGAACCAACAUGGAUUGGGUGGUGAUAAUAUUGAAGGUAAAUGUAGGAGUUUGCAUCCUGGGCCAAUUAGCCUAUUACAUUGGAGUGGUAAAGGUAAACCAUGGUUGAGAUUGGAUUCAAGAAAACCAUGUACUGUUGAUCAUCUAUGGGCUCCUUACGAUCUUUAUCGUUCCUCGAGGCAUUCUUUCGAGGAGUGAUGCAUAUCGAGCAUGCAUGCAGACAAAGGCGGAUUCUGAAUUUAACUUGAAGGGUUCAGUAUUUAUGUUCUUGUUACUACCGGACCAUUAUUGUACUUCUAACAUUAUGGGGUUCAUAAUGUACUAUUUAUUGAAAAUUUAGUGAUUUUUCUCAUAUAUAUAUAUAU